AUGUCUGUGCUGCACAGCGAAACACAACUUCUUUAUGUCAAAUCGAAGGCAUAUCUCCAUCCAACGUCGUCCAAGAAGGACAACGUGGCCGGGUUUCUCUCCUUGAGCAGACCAGGUUCGUCCAAAAGUAGCAAGGACAUUCUAUUGAGUUUCACGCCCGAGUCCAUGCUCUCGGGCGCAGAGUUAGAUGUGUAUAAUAGUGUAGAUUUGCGCGCUGACCUCUUGCAGAAUUUGAGCGGCCUUCUGUUGAAUGAUAAGGCUAAAUCAGGCAAUCAGGGUAAGAAGAAAGAUGUUGUGUCGAAGCCCCCGGUGCUGGUGACCACGUCGUAUGCUUUCUCGAUCCCUUUGCUGUACGUUUACCUGCUUCUGAUCCGCAAGCCCUCGCUCGGAUGGUGGUUUGGCUCUGUCAUCAUCCAUCCCAAAUCCGAGGAGAACCUUCCAGUAGUAUUCUUCCACGAUGACGAGUCUCCCCUGACCAUCAGCCGCCAAAAAGUGAAGAACCAGAGCUUCGACCCGUUCGGUGAAGACGGAACUAUGUACUGGGGUGGCCAGGACUUUCUCAGUGCAUUGUCAGCGCUCAUCACCAUGGAAAGACUGAAUGUCGAGCCCUCCGUGUAUCUCGUCGACCCGAUUUCUGCAGAUUUAGUUAACUUCCUGCCUUAUGGCGGAGGCGGGCCUCCAAAGAAGGGCAGAGCAGGCUCUGCCUCCUCGGGUUCUGCUCCGAAAGCAGAGCCUUUCAAGCUACCCGAUGUCAAUAAGAUGUUUGCGUCUGCCAAGUGGAAGGUGUUAGAAACGGUGGCUACAUUUACUCUGCGCACGAAGAGUCUGGUGAAAGAUAUUGUAGACGAGCACGUGCCGCAGUCUGUCGUCAGACUGAUUUUGACAAAGCCAGAGGUGCAGAAGGUCAGCAAUGACUUCGAGAGUGCUCGUGUGUACUUGGCUAAGUGGGCUGCGCAGGUGAAGGAGGAGGCCGAACAGCUGGAACGAAAGUUCAUGAUGGAAGAUGCUGUUUACGCACGCAUCAAUGAGCAGCUAGGGAACGACAAACAGCUCUUGACUCCACAAGAGAUUAGCAACGCAUCUCGUAGGAAGCCUGUCAAUUUGGUGGAAUGGAAAGGUUUCUUUGAUGACCAGGGUCACCUUGUCAUGACUCCAGAUGAAGUCAAGAACCGCAUCUUCCAUGGAGGUCUUGCGCAAGAUGCUAGAAAAGAAGCCUGGCCCUUUUUACUUGGAGUGUAUGCCUGGAACUCAAAUACAGCCGAACGCGAGAUUACAAAGAAGAGUCUACAAUCGAGCUACUGUGAUUUCAAGCGCAGGUGGGCCGACAAUGAUGAAAGGCGGACAGAGGAAUUCUGGAAGGAUCAGAAAGUUCGAAUUGAGAAGGAUGUUCACCGCAAUGACAGGAACAUCGAUAUAUACAAAAGCGACAAGACCAAAAAAGGCAGCAAGGGUGACACGAGCAGAAAGUCGCUGGUUCUGAGCAACAACUUAGAGCGUGUUUCAUCUCCUGAGACACCCGACGAGGACGAUGAUAACUGGAAUCUUGCUCGUAUUGAUAACGUUCAUUUAUUCCGCCUCAGAGAGAUUCUUUUGACUUACAAUGAGUAUAACGUCAACUUGGGCUAUAUUCAGGGCAUGACAGAUCUCCUUUCGCCAAUUUAUGCUGUUUUCCAAGAUGAGGUCAUGUCCUUUUGGGCAUUUGCUGGAUUCAUGGAGAGAAUGGAGCGGAAUUUUGUUCGGGAUCAAAGUGGAAUGAAGCGCCAAAUGCAAGUGUUGAACGAACUACUUCAGUUCAUGUUUCCCGACUUGUAUAAACAUUUGGCGAAAUGUGAGUCUACAGACUUGUUCUUCUUUUUCAGAAUGCUCUUGGUGUGGUAUAAGCGGGAGUUCAAAUGGGAUGAUGUCAACACGCUUUGGGAAGUUUUCUGGACAGACUACUACUCUAGCCAGUAUCAUCUCUUUUUUGCCCUUGCAAUCUUGAGCUCGCAAGAAAGCGCCAUCAAGGGAUAUCUUAAUCGAUUUGACGAGGUGCUCAAGUACAUGAACGAGCUACUGGGCACGAUGAAACUCCAUGACUUGUUGGUCAGAGCUGAGCUUAUUUUCCUCCGUUUCCGUCGGAUGGUUGACCUCAUUGAUCGUGAGAACACCCUUAAGAGAGAGCAAGGCGAAUUGUACGAGGUUCAGAUUCAUCCAGAUCUUCGUGAAUUAUUGCUGAGAAAGAUGAUUAUUCAGAAGGAAGAGGAACGUCCCGAAGGUGUUGGUGGAGGUUAA